UUAUUCAUAGUAUUAUUUCUAAUGUCAAAAACAAUUUUUUAAAACAUUUAUAGUACUUUUAAAGGGCAAUUUAAUUAAUCAAUUAUAUUACGAGUACUAAUCCAAAAUGGCGAAUGCUACAAAAACUAUUAUAGAUACUUUGGAUUUUCAUCCAACCUAUAAACCUUAUGGAAUGGACAAUUAUCGAUUGGAGAUUUUGACCAAGGGCCAACAAAAAUACUUGAAUAAUCAUAAAACUGAAAGAAUAAGACAAGACCAUAAAUAUUUAUAUGAUCACCCUGAGAUCCAGGCCAUGCUUCAAAUCAUAAUGAGGAAACUGUUGUUGGAACGGCCUAGCCAUGACAUUGAAACCUUUAUAGGGAGAUACUUUGUUGAUAGCUGGGCCGAAAUUGAAGAACAAGUUGAAGGAUAUAUGAAAAAGCUGCCAUCGAGAUUCGAAAGUAAAACCACCAAAGAUUUCACUAAAGAUGAAAAGCAUGUUAUUUUAGAUGACAGUCGUUACGAUAUGUAUUCAGAUUCGCCAAACGAUUCGGUCUCUGACGAAAUUUCAGGAUCUACUUUGUGCAGAGAUAUACUAGAAGAAAUUAUAGAUGCAGUAGAAAAAGAUGAUCUAAUCCAUUCUAUUUCAUCUGAAUUGGUCGAAAUCAGUGAAGGAUCGGAAAAGGAAUAUUCUGAUGACGAUGAAGUUUACAUAGACCUAGGCCUCGAUUUUGAUAUUGAUUUUGCUGGCUAUCACGAUGAAGAUGAUUAAAC